UCCGCAGGGUUUUGUCCAGCGAAAGUAAAGGGGGGCGGAUGUAGAAGAACUAGGGACCGUUGUCAGUGUUGUUGCCGUUAUUUUCCAUCAGUGCUUCAAGAUAUUAUUUUCACUACUCCAACUCUUGGACUAAUUUGUUGUGUGUCAUGGUACUGGCUUUCUGAAGAUUUCGCUCUGCGGACGUGAACUGUUCCAUGAUGGACCUUGUGGUAUUCCUUGAUCUUAAGAUUCGUCACUCAAUGACUGUGUUUUGAUUUGACAAUCGGGUGUAACAAUCUUGUUUGGAUCACCAUGUUUGGAUGUUUUACAUUAAGCAUAGCUGCAGUGUUUUGCAUGACGCUGUUUACAUCAUUCCCAGGACAGGUCUCUUCUGCAAAAGAUUCGCCAGAGCCGGAGCACCUUUACAUCGAAGCGGGUUCCGAGCUUCACCUCAACUGCACCGUAAAUGACGCCGUAAAAACCGGCAAUCUAACGGCAGAGGACAUCGUCUGGCACCGCUCCUCCUCGCCAUUACCCUCGUCAUUAUACAGUGCAGUAACCGACACUUUGUCGCAGUUGUCGUUCAACGUCACCUUCGAUGACAGCGGCGACUAUUCGUGUGUGUUGCCGGGGAACAUAACUGGUGAACCGGCAACCUACGUGGUACACGUUGGACAUUCGCCAGAGCCGGAGCACCUUUACAUCGAAGCGGGUUCCGAGCUUCACCUCAACUGCACCGUAAAUGACGCCGUAAAAACCGGCAAUCUAACGGCAGAGGACAUCGUCUGGCACCGCUCCUCCUCGCCAUUACCCUCGUCAUUAUACAGUGCAGUAACCGACACUUUGUCGCAGUUGUCGUUCAACGUCACCUUCGAUGACAGCGGCGACUAUUCGUGUGUGUUGCCGGGGAACAUAACUGGUGAACCGGCAACCUACGUGGUACACGUUGGACUGAAACCACGCCCUGUACGUUUGGAAUGCAUCGUCCGUAAACCCGACGACUUCUAUUGGUGUCGAUGGAGAGAGACGGAAAACACACAUCUUCCAACUGUACACACUUUUCAAUUUAGAAAGAAAAGAAGACCGUGGCAAGACUGUCCUGACCUGAUAUCUAAAGGGAAUAAUACAUGUUACAUCAGACAGACGGACAACCAAGGAGGAAAUCAAAUAGUGCGGGUAAAAUCAACCAACGGACUCGGGGAAAACUCAUCGUGGACAAGCUUCUGGUCCAACCAGGAUGUUGUUGUUAAUCCACCAAAGCUAGUAGCGUUGAAGCCAGGAACUGAAAAGACAUCCCUGAAAGUACAAUGGACUCGUCCUUCGGAUUGGUUUGCCACUGAAGCCAGUAGGUCAUUGGAGUAUACCAUUCGAUUCAAGGAGAUAGAUUGUGUAGAGAUCAACAACACAUGCUGCUGCUGGGAUGAGGUUGAAACUACACAUGCCGAAGCCUACUCAGAGGAACUGGGUAGGUGUAUGUACACAUUACGAAACCUCCACCCAUACACGGAGUACAUCGUGCAGGUUGCAGCAAGAUACGAGUACAGCAAUUAUUGGAGCGUCUGGACUGCGGAAGACUCCUCGGUAACCCGCGAAACAGAGCCUUCGGAGCCUGUGCAAGGGCUCAAGGUCAAUCAAACCGACAAUGCUGAGGAACCACUCUAUCUGAGAGACAUCUCCGUGACAUGGGAGUUUUUAGAAGCUGAAGCCCAGAAUGGGCUAAUACUCGACUACCAAGUUAGUGCUGAGCCACGAGAGGGCGCUGAUGACAUUGGUAUACACAAACUGGUCUCAAAUUAUACCACAUGCAUUAUCAGAGGCCUGCGUAAAUACUCCAGCUACGAGAUACAUGUAAGAGCUCGUAACAGCGCUGGUAUGGGUCCAGAUGCAACCAAAUCAAUUGCAGACAGAACAACAGCACCCAAUGCUCCGGAUGAUGUCACAGCCGUUCCUUUGAACACGACUGAUAUUCUUGUUAAGUGGGAGGAGCCAAGUCAGCCCAAUGGGUACAUACUGGGCUACAUUAUACAGUGGAGAAAGCGUAACACCAAUGGACCGAUUGAGCAAUACAAUAUAUACAACGCCAGUAAGAGGUCCUACGUACUGGAAGGUCUGGAAACCUAUGCCCUCUAUGAAGUUAGCGUGAAGGCUAAUAACUCACGUGGUUCCGGUGGAGCGGCGUUUGUGCCCGGUGGCGCACGCACAAUGCAAGGAGUUCCCAAUGCAGCACCAUCUUCAGUGAAACUCAAGCCAGUCAGUAACUUACCAGAUAGCUUGAUGUUGACUUGGGAGUCGCUUCCCGUCGCUAACAUCCAGGGCGUCUUGAAAGGUUACUCAAUCUUAUACUGUAAGACCAACAUCAGCGGGUGUUCAGGUAAAAUAGUUCAGCGUUACAACCUGACCCGCCCGGAUAAAACAUCACACACAUUAAACAAACUCACCCCCACAACAAACUAUACUGUGUCGGUAGCGGCAUACACUGAAGUUAACAUCGGGCCCUUCUCAGACAAGGUUACUGCAGUGACGGGAGCAAAGGGUUUAGGGAUUUAUCUGCCGGCCUUCUUCCUCCUCUUGGCACUCCUGCUAGCGUCAGUCGCAGUCGCAUGUUGUAUCUGGAAGAAUUUCGAUCGUCUCUUUCGAAAAAUUCCCGUCCCAAAAUUCAGCAAGAAUGUCCAUGCAUUCAAACACCGGACUGAUAUAAAUCUGAGAAGGAUCAACAGCGGAGUUGAAGAAGAACAGUUCGAUGAGAUCGCCAUAGAAGUCACCCCAGGAAGGUUGCAGUCAGUAAACGAGCUGACUCUUCCAGACCUCAAGAAGUUCGUCCGCACCGAGAGCGGAGACAGCGGCGUCCCUCCAUCACCAGCGAGUGACACUCUGGACUUCGACGUUAUACGGGACAAGUCAGGGGUCACUAGUGAGGGUGAAGACAGCGUGUUCCUUGGGGAGGAUCAAGACGACAAGGCAAUGGUGCCGUCUCUCCCACUUACCGUCAGGAUUGGUCGUGUUGAGGAAGGAGCUACACGCCAUUUUCCAAGAGGUGCGACCUCCCCGUCCUCACCAGAGAGUGUCGGCUCCUACACACGAGUAGGUGAGUUCCAAUUCUCCAUCAAGAAAUCAUGCUCACCCGGUACGGAGGGGUUUACCAGGAAGGUUUCUUUUGAUUUGCCAGAUGUGGGACCAGAGCUUACAAUAACAGAGAAGCCGUCGACGGGAGAUGAGUACAAAACACAAAGUUGUAUGCUGACUACUCCAAUUGGUUAUCCCCUUGAGGCAUCUCCAAGCAUUGACCCUCAGAAGCCAACUAUAGGACCCUUGCAGCUGACAGGCCCAGCGAUCGAUUCCAUCGUGCUCAGACGCUCAUUACCUUUCAAGAAUCCUGAAGCUUCAUUUAACCAAACCCCUUCCCUUCCACCCACCUCCACCUCUCCAGUCUCACCGUACAUGACAGCCUUUGAAACUCAGAUUUUUCUCUAUCCAUGUGAGAAUGGUAAUUCUCGACAUCAUGUCAGGUCCAUGGGCUCUGUUAUUGAUGCUUCAAAGCGUCCAAGCACCAGCAUGUCCCCAACACCAUUAUCAUGUCUCAAGUCUCAACAUUCAGAUCAGAAAGAUACUUCUAAGACACAAGAGCAGUUUUCAGGCAGUGCUUCUGAUUGUGGAGCCAGUCUCAAUCCAACACCACGCCUCGCAUUAUGCUCAAGCUCCUCUGAAACACAAACAUGCCAACCAGUCUCUCACAGUGGCUACACUCACAUGUCUGCCACCAGAGAUCCACGUCAGCAAAACUCAUCUACGUCAGAAGAGUCUCAAGCUGGUUUGGCAGACAGUGACCGUAUCACCCAAUUGGUACAACCUUCUCAAUGCUCAGCAUUAGUUAAACUGGAAGGCAGUAAACCAAGUUCUUACUCUCAAUUCCCUCCUGUGUUCUCUAUCAACAAACAGCUUGAUACAUUUGAAGGCACAGAUACCAUGGCAGACAUUGACGGGUUCAAGGAGGCACCUAAGUCACGGCUCAGCUUGUCGGCUGAUCAGCACAAUCCCUGUCGUUCUACAUCUACAACACACUCCUCUUCAUCCUCACUAGAGUACGUCAAAAUGGAAUCCUUGGAAACAGUACAGCAGAAACAUCAUAGUGAACUCAGGCGAACUAUGGUCCCAGCUCAGAGCUCCAAAGCCACGAGUAAGCAACAUCAUCUUAUCAACUCAUCAUACAUAGAUGUUGCCUCGUCCGAACACCCUGGACGAGACCGUGAGGAAGAAGCCCCAGAUGACAGCGAGACGCACAAGCCCAUCUCAAAGAAGACCGCUACGUCAAAUUUGGGAGAUAAAACCGAGAUCACAACAACUUCAGGUGGAGUGCUGACACCAUCUGGCUAUGUACAAGCGUCUUUUACCAGGUUCAAUCUACCGACUUCUUCUAUCCACCAACUUGCUGGCAAUCAAUCCAAUACACCCAUCAAUGCACCCAUCCUCCCCCCAGGCUCUACUUCCGAUCCUGAAGAUGACGUGCAGGAAUAUUGGAAGGUAUCCGCUCCUGUGACGGAACCUGGAGACGUUUUAGCUUUGCUUCAAGCUCACUCAAACACAAACAACUUCAGCUCAGAUUCUGUGGUAGCGGACUACACUCGAACUGGAAGAGGUACCACUACUAGUCUAUCUCGAGCUCAAACGUCGAUGGGUUAUGUGCAAUAGUCUCUUACAACAUGACACUUCGUGGUGUCCACCACAACGGUCAUAUAACUUUGAAUUUGAGUCGGUCAUGACAGAGAUGCAUCACAGUCUGACAAAUGUCUAGAACAGAAGGGAUUUUUCUGGUCAGCAGAGUGUAAACAGGGUUCGAGUCCCGAUCUUAACAAUUAACCAUGGUGCUUUGUCCUUCGGAUAGGACGUAAAGCCUUUGAUCCCGUGCGUUGUGUAACGUGAAAAGGGGGCCAUAAGUGAAGUCUAUAGCUGACACACCUUUGACCUCUGAUUGGCGUUGCACAAAAAAAAAGUGCGCAAUGAAGUUCAUAAUCGCGUGCAGGUGUCCUAUGCCGACCGGAGACUCUGUCCCCCUCGCAAAUUAAAAUUGGCUUAUGGUUAGUAGAAGAGGGAGCUAUCAGAGGAAUUAGC